CCGCCCCUCCCGCCCGCGGGAUCCUGGGCCGUGGGCUACGCAGUCCGCCCUGUGCUGCCGGGAGGGGCGUUCCGGGCACGGGGGGAGCGGUCGAGGGCUGGAGACCCUAAAGGUGCCUCCUAUGGCCAGAGGGGAGCCUCCGGCGGGAGGCUCCUGCCACCGCCCCGUGCUGUCCUUAGUCCUAGCCCAGUCAAGAGCUACCAGGGCUGGCUAGUCAUGGGGGAGCCCAGUAGAGAGGAGUAUAAAAUCCAGUCCUUUGAUGCAGAGACCCAGCAGCUGCUGAAGACAGCACUCAAAGAUCCGGGUGCUGUGGACUUGGAGAAAGUGGCCAAUGUCAUUGUGGACCAUUCUCUGCAGGACUGUGUGUUCAGCAAGGAAGCGGGACGCAUGUGCUACGCCAUCAUUCAGGCAGAGAGUAAACAAGCAGGCCAGAGUGUCUUCCGGCGUGGACUCCUCAACCGGCUGCAGCAGGAGUACCAGGCUCGGGAGCAGCUGCGAGCACGCUCCCUGCAGGGCUGGGUCUGCUAUGUCACCUUUAUCUGCAACAUCUUUGACUACCUGAGGGUGAACAACAUGCCCAUGAUGGCCCUGGUGAACCCUGUCUAUGACUGCCUCUUCCGGCUGGCCCAGCCAGACAGUUUGAGCAAGGAGGAGGAGGUGGACUGUUUGGUGCUGCAGCUGCACCGGGUCGGGGAGCAGCUGGAGAAAAUGAAUGGGCAGCGUAUGGAUGAGCUCUUUGUGCUGAUCCGGGAUGGCUUCCUGCUCCCAACUGGCCUCAGCUCCCUGGCCCAGCUGCUGCUGCUGGAGAUCAUUGAGUUCCGGGCGGCCGGCUGGAAGACGACGCCAGCUGCUCACAAGUAUUACUACAGCGAAGUCUCUGACUAGGCCUCCAGAUCAGGGCUUCCUCGCCAGCGCUGGCCUUUCUUCUACACAUCUCUGAAACUGGCAGUGGAGUCUCUGCCUCACCCAAAGACUUUUCCCUUCCAGACUUUGAGCGUCUUCCCUUCUAGACUUUCCCAUCUCCUGGUGAGAUGUUUCCCACUUACGCCAUGGUCCUGCCCUGAGCCCCUUUCCCCACCACCUUCCCACCAGGGCCAGGCAGAGAAGAACAACUCCUAAGACCCACUGCAGUGUGUAACCAUUAGUGCAGCUACUACCUUGGUGCCUCAGUUUACCCAUCUGUAAAAUGGGUAAGCAUAGCCAUUGGGAUGCUUUGGGAUGUCAAGGGGCGGAGGCAGAGCACAAGUCACACCAGAAACUGCUUUUUAUACAUUUUGUACAAGGACAACUCUGGAAGCAAGCCUAUUUCCUCCAGCCAGUUUCAAUGAAUGCUGCACCACAUGCUACACCAGUUCAGCAUGAGAAUUUUCUAAUAAAUCUUUUCUAAUACUAAAA